UCAUUCUCUGCUCAAUCCACCUUGUUCCCUCUCCCAAUAACGCGAUUUCCACGGCUCUCAAGAAUGCCGGCGAUACGAAAGGUCUCUGCACGCUUAUCAUCUCUUGCGAGCCCCUAUAAUGUCGGUGUCACGCUCUUCAAACUCGAAGAAGACGAAGUCAAGAUGGAUGUGGAUUUGGGAGCGUUGCCGAGCACUCCACAACGGGAAAAACGCGCGGCGCGAACAGCCAAGAAGGAGGAGGACGCGGGAAAUGACUUGAGCACGCUUCUGACAAUAGACGACGACGAUUUCAAACCGUUACUGUCCACACCUCCGCGAAAGCGCGCUCGAACCUCAUCUUCUCCCUCCAAAUCUCCCCGCGCUAAGCAGAGAGUGUCUCCUGGCAGCAAACCAGCCGCGAAACGGAAGGCAUCUGGAUACAAACGGCCACUCGCAACCUCAGACCCAACUCCAGCGCGUUGGCGUGAGGUUUUCGAUGCACUUCGUGAAAUGAGGAAGCAUGGCGGGGCGCCAGUGGACACCAUGGGCUGUCAUAUGGCGCAAAGGCACGAGACAGACCCGAGAAAUAAACGAUUCACCACUUUGGUCUCUCUGAUCCUCUCUGCACAAACGAAUGACAAGGCCGUCGACACCGCUGUCAUCAACCUCCGCCAAGCCAUUGGAGGGACGUUGUCUGUUGAAGCAUUGCUCGCGGCGGAUUCAGGGCUCAUCAAAGACACCAUUAGAUCUAUUGGUAUGAGCGAGAAGAAAACCAACUACCUCAAAACAACCGCCCAACAGCUUUGCGACGAUUUCAACGGGGAUGUGCCGCAGUCAAUUGAAGGAAUGCUGUCUCUACAUGGCGUUGGGCCCAAGAUUGGAUUCCUUGCACUUCACAACACAUGGGAUAUCAAUGCUGGAAUAGGUGUAGACACGCAUGUCGCCAGGAUAACCCGUCUCUUAGGGUGGCACAAUAAAGAGAAGGAAGAGGAUGCACGGAUCAGUCUCGAAUCAUGGCUGCCAAAAGAACACUGGCGCGAAAUCAACCCGCUUCUCGUCGGUUUCGGUCAGACAAUCUGCGAAGCUAAGCACCCCCGCUGUGAAGUUUGUUCGUUGUCUUCGGGGUUAUGUCCCAGUGCCAGAAUCGGCAAAACUCCAAUGGCGGGGAAGGGAAAGAGAGCUACCAAGGGCGGAAAACCCAAGAGGCGGACUCCUACAGAUGACUCUGAUUUAGAUUGGUGA